CAAGUCAAGUCACAAGUCUUACAACCUUUUUUUCAAGUCAAGUCUAAAGUCAUAAAAUUAAUGACUCGAGUCCGACUCGAGUCCGAGUCAUGUGACUCGAGUCCACACCUCUGACAAAUACAUCAAUGGCCCGCCCGAUGCCCCCUAUGCUGAGAAACUUGACUUGGGAUGGGUGAUUGUGGGCAAUGUCUGUUUGGGACGUGUUCAUAAGCGAUGCAGUGUGAACACGUACUUCACCAAUGCUCUUGAACAGUCUCGUCCUACUAUUUUUGAACCAUGUCCGAGUGUUCUCCAGGUUAAAGAGAGAUACAGUCCCAAACAUUCAAAGUGUGCCUAUGAUGUAGAAGAUGCUGGGCUAGGCUUCACAGUGUUCCAGCUUACCCGAGAGGAUAACAAACGAGGACCAUCCUUUGAAGAUCUUGCCUUCAUGGCAAUAAUGAAACGAGAGGCCAAGAAGGAUGCCAGUAAUAGCUGGGUAGCUCCUUUGCCAUUUAGGCAGCCAAGACAACACCUCCCUGAUAACAGACAGCAAGCUCUUAACUGCUUCAGCUCCUUCAAAUGCAACUUAGCAAAGAAACCUGAGAUGUCCCAACAUUUCUUCUCAUUCAUGGGGAAAAUAUACGAAAAUGGUCAUGCUGAAGUUGCUCCUCCUCUCACUCCAAACCAGGAACGAUGGUAUUUACCCAUUUUUGGAGUGUACCACCCAAAGAAGCCUGGCAACAUCCAUGUUGUUUUUGACUCAAGUGCACAGCAUGAGGGAGUGUCUCUGAAUGAUGUUCUCUUGAAAGGACCUGACCUCAACAACCUACUCCUGGGAGUUCUGAUGAGGUUUCGCAAGGAUGCCAUUGCAGUAACUGCAGACAUCAAGCAGAUGUUUCAUUCCUUUCUUGUGAGAGAAGAAGAUCGUAACUUCCUACGGUUCUUCUUGUUCAGAGACAACAGUCCUACACAUGAUGUCAUUGAGUACCGCAUGACUGUACAUGUGUUCAGUAAUAGCCCUAGUCCAGCAGUUGCCAUUUACUGCCUCAGGCAGUCUGCGAUGGAUGGAGAACCACAUCAUGACCCCGAGGUGAAACAAUUCGUUUGCCGUGACUUUUAUGUUGAUGAUGCACUUAAAUCUUUUUCAAGUGUAAAAAGUGCUGUCUGUCUGUUGAAGAAAACUCAGGAUGUUCUGUCAAACUCCACCCUGGGGCUCCACAAAAUCACCUCUAACAGCAAAGAGGUCAUGGAGGCUUUCCCACCUGAAGAUCGCGCAAAUGACUUGAAGGAUUUUGAUCUGAGCUCAGAUAUUCUACCUGUACAGCGCAGCUUGGGACUAAAUUGGAACUUGGAGUCUGACAUGUUUGUUUUUAAAGUCAACAAAGAAGAGAAGCCUUUCACACGCCGAGGCAUCCUAUCAGUGGUAAAUAGCGUGUAUGACCCCCUGGGAUUUGUGGCUCCCGUGACCAUUCAAGGGAAGCACAUUCUAAGAGAGCUCACACAACAAAGAUGUGACUGGGAUUCUCAGCUCCCUGAAGGGAUGCAGGAACAAUGGAAGUCUUGGCGGGAUUCACUGAAAGACCUAAGUGGCGUGAAGAUUCCAAGACCCUAUACCAAAGCUUUUCUUUCAACAACAAAGACGAGAGAACUGUUUGUCUUUUCUGAUGCGUCAACAAUGGCUAUUGCAGCAGUUGCCUAUCUCAGGGUGGUGGACGAAGCAGGGAAUACUCAUACUGGCUUUGUUAUGGGUAAGGCGAAGCUGGCACCUAGACCUGAACACACAAUCCCCAGACUUGAGCUUUGUGCAGCUGUACUGGCCGUGGAGUUAGCAGAUUUCAUAUCAUCAGAGCUUGACAUGCGCAUCGAUGCUAUCACCUUCUGCACUGAUAGCAAAGUAGUGCUCGGAUACAUAAAUAAUGAGACAAGACGCUUUUAUGUGUAUGUCAGCAAUUGUAUUAUGCGCAUCAGAAGGUCCUCUUAUCCUAAGCAGUGGAAGUAUGUGUCUACAGGGGAAAAUCCAGCAGACUGUGCGACAAGGUCUGUACCGGCUGCCUUUCUCUCAGAUACCUCUUGGCUCACUGGACCUCCUUUUCUGACUGAGCCUAUGCAAGAUUCUCUAGAACCAGACUCCUUUGAGCUUGUGGAUGCAAACAUGGACACUGAGAUCCGCCCGCAAAUCUCUACUUUGCAAACACAGGCUUCUCUCACACUACUUGGGUCCCACCGUUUCUCCAAAUUUUCUUCCUGGCAAGCUUUGAAACCAUUGCUAAUCUCCUUCACAUUGUGAACAGCUUUCACACACGUAAGGUCAAAGGGACCAUGCAAUGCAAGGGGUGGCAUUUCUGUCAGAAAGCAGGUACACCUGAUCAACUCAGUUUAUCAGAGCACGUCAUUAUUCAAACUGUGCAGGAAGAGGCAUAUGCUGAAGAGUUGGCCUGUCUCAAAAAGAAUAAGGUGAUCCCUAAAGGGAGUCCUCUUAGGACCCUGGACCCCUUCACUGACGCACACAAUGUCCUCAGAGUUGGUGGUCAGAUAAGACAUGGAGAGGUUCCUCAUGAAGAAAAGAACCCUAAGAUCAUUCCUUGUAAGCACCAUAUUGCACAACACGUUCUCACUCCCAACUCGUCAAAUGUGUGACGCAUGGUCAGGCUCCCUCUGCUUCACUUAUCGACGCGCAGGGUACCCCCCUCGCGUCGAGAAUUGACGUGCAGGGUCCUCCUAUUGAAUACUAUAGCGCUCCCUAAACGUUGUUUAUUGACGACAAGAGAUUGCCGCGGAAGAGCUUGUUGUCCGUAUAUUUAUAUACUGUAUUUCCGAAAUCACAUUGUAGUGACGUGUACUGAACACAAUAUAUUAUAUAAUGUAAACAACUACCUGAGAAACAUCAGAUACAGCAGAUAAAUUAAUUAUAGGCCAUUACUUUUGUAUCGUUUAUUGCAUUUAUGGAGGGAGAGGUGUAUGCUGGGUAAUGGCACAGCUAGCGACCGGGUGACCCGCUUCGGAUGUUCAGUCGAUCAGGCGUUAUUAGCAGAAAUCAGUCCCAUAGAUGUGGGAUCUCCACCUGCUAGAUUGUUCAGAAGGUUGUUAUCAUCCAUCCAGAUGGAGGAUCACUAACAGGAGCGUGGGAAGACUCCAGAAUCCACUCUGGCUGGAAUCCGGUGGAUACAGCAGUGUUUACAGAACAGUUCUCCACAGUCACUGUCCACAUGGGUCAGUGGGACCAAGAAGCACUCUGCUAAUGUGUGGACUCUGACCAGCAACAUCCAGCAAGACCCAGGCAGCGUUUUCUAUCUCCCUGCUGGAGUUUUUUGUUUGUGAUGGGAGAGUCAGAUUUUUGUUGAGGCUGGAGGAACAGCCUCACACUUGCAGAGGUUAAUACAUGCUACUGAUCCCUGAUGGGAGAAUCUUCACCUCUGCCAACAAAGAAGCCUGGUGGAUGUUUGUUUGCAGUCUGAUGAUGGGACCUCAUGCUCUGCAUCUUCAAAGUUUGUCUCUUGCUUAUUAUUGAUACACAGUAAUGUGAAGUAUGCUUAUAUCUAGUAUAACUGGACCAACCUGGUGCUCUUCAUUUAUGGAGGCUGUUGAGUCUGAAUGUUGGAUAUUGUGUGUCUCGUGUUCUCUGGGCUUUGUUGUCCUCAGUCUUUUUGCAGGAUCAGAAAACAAAACCAGGAGGCACGUAAAUGUUUCUUCUCCAAUUGGAUGAUGAUAAGACUGUGACAUGGGAUGCCACCUUUAGUCUUGUGAUGAAGCAAAGCUCAGGAAGAAGUGUGAUUAAAUGGUACUCACAUGUGUGCUGCUGAGAAGGAUGUACAGGGGCACCUGCAGCCAAAUCCAAGCCUCCUCAGAGCAGAGUGGCCAUUUGUGCUCACAGAUGGUGACGGUGUGGAGAGACGGUGGUGUUUCCUCAGAAGAACUAGCAGAGUCACAAAGGGCACGAGUCCUUCUCACCACCUUGACCUGCUGACUGAUGCUCGUCUGCACUGCACAGAGGAAAUCAACUGACCGAGGAGUGUUUCUGAGUGAGGGAGAGAGGAGUCAUCAUCCAGGUAAAGUGACGUGGAUCAGUGGAUACUUGUCUCCCCUUUAAAGAAGAUACUCUUAGAGAGAGACGAUCCGAGUCAUCAUAAAAUAUGGGAAGCAUAUCAAUCUUGGACUGUCUAACCUGCCGGAGCAGCACUGAAUGACCACCACACAUGAGCAUGUUCCUGCAACAUUCAGCAGCUUUGCUUUUGUGUCAAAUGUCAAACAGCUGGAGAGGAAACUACACCAGUGUACUGGGAUGUUUCACCAGCAUGCGCCAGACACUGUUCCUGCCUUUCAUGGUAACAUCACCAGAGACAGCCCCACCCACCUCAGGACCUUGAUCAUGAUGAUUAUAAUGAUGACAGCGAGCGGAACUAAGACUGUAAAAAUCCACGACCAGAAUGUUUAGAUGCUUUCUAAUUAUUAAUGAAUACUGACAGCCUCUUUCUGUGUUUUGUCUGUUUUGUUUUUUGUGUUUCUUUUACCUCAUUAUUUACUAACAGCGUUCACCAAACUCACACAGUUUACAUUGUGUAUGUGUUUUCAUCUUUACCAGCCACACUCUAAAAGCAAUUAAGAAAAAAACUGUUAUUUUUCUUUUUUGUAAUCGAUGAUAAUUCAUUGAAUAUACUGCACUGCUUCCUUUAAUUGCGUCACACAUUGCUUUAAGUUUUUCGGUGUCAAGUUAUUUUUUACUGCUGUUUGAAUUCUCUAUAUGUUUGACCCUGUAGACUGUUUAAUGGACUGCUUGUCUUUCUGUUUGUAAUCGCGGACUGUUUUUCACUAAAGAUUUGGAUUUCUGACUUUAACACAGCCUCUGCGUGUCCUCCCUUUGUGUCCUCUUCCUCAUGUUACAUGUGUCACAGAUUCAUUUUAUU